CAGUCAAAUUUGGGAUUUUUUUUUAUUUUUUUCCAGAGACGAAAUAUUCAAACCCUUGGUUCUUUUUACUUGCGUUCUUCCUAUUGCUUGGGUUACUCAUAAUGUCUGGUAUAUUCUCAGCAAUCAAAACUGCUAUCUCUCGUACUGCUUCACCAGACGAUUUGUUGCCUCCCAAGGACAUUUUAACCCAAGAGGAAUUGUGUCUUGCCUGCCCGGAUCCAUGCCAUGACCAUAAACAAUUCCCAUCUUACCUCAAGAUUGACAAUACCACACCUCUUUUAGGGUCUACUAAACCCUAUGCUCGCCACGUCUUGAUCGCUACAGGAAAAUCAGAUUGGCCCUCGCAUAUUGACGAUGAUAAGGGCACGGUGACCGCUGCCCUUCUGGACCAUUUGAACAAGGUUUCCCCUCCUUUCCGGAUCCUUACCACCAACAGCUCCUUAACCGCCACCCACUCAACUCUGCCUGGCAGUACGGAUAUUGUUGUACUUCCUGAUAAUAUUCUGGUAUCCAAUGUCACAACCAAAAAUGUUGCCCAAUUUUACGAACUUUUCUUAGCCACACCACUGCCCACCCAAGCAAGCACUGAAAUGCCAGAUCUGAAAGGCAACUCUGAACUCGCUGUGGUUAAAAAUAUGUAUACGUCGAUGAUCCUUCUCUGCUCGCAUCGCCGGCGUGACAAGCGUUGCGGUGUGACAGCACCUAUCCUCGCUCAAGAGUUCGAUCACAUAUUACGUCAAAGAGACAUACAUGAAGGCGAGGGUGGAGCAGCUCUGGUUAUGGUUAGUCAUAUAGGAGGCCACAAGUUUGCUGGAAACGUUAUUCUGUAUACAAACGAAGGCCGUAGAGGAGUAUGGUAUGGCAGAGUCAGUCCAUGCCACUGUGAGGCCAUUGUAGACCAAUCGCUGAUCGGCGGAAAAGUGAUCAAGGAGCUUUACAGGGGAUCGAUGACCCACAGCUUCGAUAAUGAAAAAUCCACUGCCGAGUUGCAGUGGUAACAGAAGAGAACGUGGCCUUAUACACACAUUUGCGAAAGGAUUACAUCAAAAUAGCGUUAAGAUAAUUACUUUUUUGUUUUCUGUGCUAGACGUUUUAAAAAAACUUGUAAAUAUUGUUUUAUUUUCUGGCAA